AUGCGCGUCCAGCAGUUUGGCGACUUGAAAGGCGUGCAAGCAUCAUCCUCUCCUGUACCAAUCAGCAGCGAGGAGAGUCUCGCGUGCCGGGCAUCCCUUCCUGUGCCGAUCAGCAGCGAGGAGAGUCUCGCGUCCCGGGCGUCCCAGGACAAUGCAGAAGACACUCUCUGGGACCCUUCCGGCUUUGACAUGCCCGAGGGGGUACUGCUUCCGCACAUGAGGUUGCCACCUGCGUGCAGAAGAGACUUGGAGACCAUGGGCGAGGGCGUCUGGGAACGCCGCUUGACUGUACCCCCGGACGGCUUCUGCAUGCUGUACACAUUUCUGGCUGCAUGCGAUCCCCCGACGUGGAGUCGGCUGCACAGAAGCGAGCUGGGCUUCAUCGAAGACGUUGUGGCCGAGCAGAAGUACAAGGAGGCCGCACAGAACAUCCUGAUGCACAUCCUGAUGCUGCUCCGCACGCAAGGGAAACACGAGGAGGCAGCUCGCCUCGAAGCCGGAGGACACCCAGGCGACGAGGAACUUGGCGCCUACAGCGAAGCCUUUGGAUGCGCUAUAUUAGUGACACCGACAGACCCGCAGGCUUUUCCCGUGAUGCACGGGCAAGGCCCGGUUGGCUUCGAGGUGGAACACUGCCUGAGCGUCGACGGCGCCGGUCACGGAGCGGGGCAUUUCGAACUUCUGCGCAGCUGGCUUCCCGCAGAUUGGCUUCAACGAAGGGGCUUUCCGGCAGUCGGUGCACAGGUGCAAGAUCGCAAACGGAAC